CACCUACUGACAGGUAGACGCAUGCGCAGUACUUUAACCAAAACAUGAAAGAUCCGAAACUUUAACCCUGAACUUCCGCCUUCGGAUAUUUUUACACCGUGCUGCUUCAAAAGUGUGACUUUAUCACUAGAAAUGGCUUUAACGCGAAGACAGAGGGCUUCUUGUGGACGCGGGGCGGAUUUAGUUUUAUUUCUCAGCCUGGUGUUGUGCUCGGACCCGGCGACUUGCAUAGAAGUGACCACUCCGGCGGAGAUAAACACGGUACAGGGUGAGAUGGUGACCCUGUCCUGCCAGUUCACCUCCACGCAUCGGCCCACGAGCCAGAUAUCCAUCGACUGGUCCUACAGAGCCCAGAGCGAAGGCCCUUCCCAAGUCUUCUUCCACUUCUACUCAGUGGCCUACCCUCCUCCGGAAGGACACUUUAAAGGCCGAGUGCAGUGGCACGGCGACCCGGCGCGAGGCGACGCGUCCGUCCGACUCCUGAACGCGUCGCUGCACGAUAACGGCACGUACACCUGCGCCGUCCGCAACCCGCCCGACUUCCAGGGUCCUCCCUCCAACACCGUCCUCAACGUCGGCCUCAAGAAAGCGAGCGUGCGCUUCUCGGACGUCGCCGUGCUGCUGUGCUUCGUCCUGCUGCCGUCGUCGCUGAUCGCCGUGGUGCUGUUAGCGAGAAUGCUCUGUCCCUGUUGCUCUCCGCGCAGCAAGAGCUCGCAGCUCGGCCAUCACUCGCCCAUAGAGGUCAUCGACGGGGAAGAAAUGCACACGUUCAGUAAGGAGUGCGAAUGCCAUCAGCCCCCGUCCAAGCGGAAGCCUGCCGCGUGCUGCCAGAUGUACAUAAAGGAUUCGGAUGAAGAACUUCACAGACAUCUCGAGAAGCAUCAGAAGCAACUAGUAGCUGAGUCUCACUGUUAGACGCACAGGUGGAAAAAAAGGAUAUUAGCAGGAACAUCUCACCACAGACACCUUCAUCAUCAUUCACUGCUAAAACCUGCCUGGUCUGGUUUGAUCUGGUCUGAUCUGGUUUUUAUUCAGUCAGACCUGGUUUACUCUGGUCUGACCAGGUCUGAUCUGAUCGGAUUUAAUCCGGUUCGAACUGGUUAGAUUCGGCCCGAUCGGGUUUUAUCCGCAUUCAACCAGAUCAGACAGGAUCAAAUAAGAUCAGACUUGAUCAAAACAUAUUAGAUUAGAUUCGAUUCAAUUUACUGUACAACAUUCAACAUUUUGUACUUUGCACAAUGACAAAGUUGAAUCGAAUCCAUUCUAAUCUAAUCAGGUUUGAUCUGGUCUGAUCCAGUGUGAUCUAAACCCAGCUGAGUUCCUUCAGCUUUUGGUCAAUCAGAUUCUAGCUUUUCUUCCUAUUAGCGAGUCACUUCUGAUAAUCUGCUUUAAUGUAUUUUUUUUUCUUAUCUUGAAAAUGCUAACAUCAUGCUAAUACAGGUUCACCGCAGUUAGCCGUCGUAGCAUCUCUGAGUCAAGUAUUUCGUUGCCAAAUAUCUCUAGUUCUUCCAUAGUUUCCUCUUUGCGGUUAGCGUGGAAUAUUUCCUGUCUGAUUCCUGAGGCUGUCGGACUUUCCUAACGCCACGCCGAAUUCCUAACACUAACGUGAGACGCUUUAUCCAUGCUAAUGAUUAGAUCGGAAUCAUUCAUGCUAAUUCAGGCCACGCGAUUCUGUCUUUCUCGAUUAGCAACAUCAGCAUAAAAUAUUUACUCAUGGUAUUACCGGUUACGCUAGAGAGACUUUAGUGACCAUCUUCUUCUAGGAAGGAGCGCUAUGCUAACACGUGGCAUUCGCACUCGGAUGCUCGCGUAGCCCGGCAGAUUUGGUGGAAAUAUUUCUUUUUUUUUUACUUGCAUUUGUUAUUGGUGAGGGGCUGUGGCACUGAUGUAGCUGUCCAGUGCUGAAGUCUGUCCCAAUAUAUAAAUUAAACAAAAAAUUUAAUAAAUAAUAAUAAUAAAAAAUGUCAAUCAAUCAAUCAAUCAAUAGAUUUCGUAAACCAGCCGUAUAAAGUUCAUAGUCAGAAACUGAAGUGGAUCACGGCUACGGUUUUUCUACUUUUUUUUUGUGUGUGUGUGUGAGAGAGAGUGUGUGAGAGUGUGUUAAAUUAUUUCCCAUAUAUUGCUCAACUUAAACCUGCUGCUUUUUGUUAUUCUACAGUCGUUGCAUUUUUUUUUUCUGACAGGAAAUAGAUCUGAUUUUGCUAAACGGAACAGGUUUAAUUAUUUUUGUACAAAAACCACCAAUUCUGCACCUUAUUAUUAAGUGCCCAGAUGUUACCAGCUGCUCUUGGAAGAAUGUAAAGCAGCUUGUAUUUAUUCAAAGAACUAUAAUUGUGAUAUUGUGAAUAUAUUGUUUAAGAAAUAAAAAAAGGGGGGCAAUAAAAUGAAUACACGUUGACUACA